AUGCCCUGGUGUAGUAAGGAAAAUCUGUCUGUAGUAGUUAAUAUAUUUUUACAACACUAUGAAGUCAUCAAAAAAAAUCUACUAUUAAUAAAGCUGUUGUUUCUCGCUUUGUGGUUUAUCAAUGCUUACAUAAAACCUUCAAGUUUCUCCGAUGUACGAUUCUUGUUUUCUCUGGAAAACAGCAGCCAGCACCUAGGAGAAGUUACACAGAUUAGUAUGGACGUGUAUUUCAAUGACCAGUCGCAUACAAUGGUAAUUGUUUCCAACAAUUAUGCUUUGGUGCUUAUUGACAACAUGAACUUUGAGAACUAUCCAGCAAUUUCUUCAAGCAGCCAAAGCAGCAGUAAUAUUCCCAAAUGUAUCAUCGAAUUUAUUCCGAAGGAGGCAGUUCCUUUACAAAGCUUUCGAAAAAUCCAAAGUGGGGUGCAUGGCUGUCUAGGAUUAGUUUGUCUGAAAAAUGUGAUGUACGUUGGGUUUAUUAGCGGUAGACGAAAACUUGGACCUAUUAUUCCGGACGUUUACGUCAAUCAAUUGAUCAGUACCGUUUUCAUAAACUUUCAAGGCGAAGUUUCUUCUUUAUAUAGCCAAAGUGCACAUGGCCAGCUAACCUUAUAUCAAAGUGAUGAAGGUUAUGAGAAUACAGAAGCUUCGCCGUUGACUAGUAGAAUCACUUCAAUCAUGAAACUACUUCAAACAGGUACUUUUUACUAUUCAAAUGAUACUGACUUGGCUGUAAAGGCACAGGAUUGGGGAAUUGUCAACAAGAAAGGUUACACGUAUACAACCAUAAACAAUUUAAUUGAUGAUUAUGCGGGGAGGUUUGUGUGGAACAGCAAUUUGAUAAACGAAUUAUCUAUAUUUAGAAGACGACUCUCUAACGAGGAGCAGAUUGCUUUUGACGAGGGAAGGUUUUGCACGACAUUGAUUCGGGGAUAUGUGGAUCGGCAAAAUUUUGGAGAAAACGGUGACAAGUGGAUGACAAUAAUAUCGAGACAGGACUCUAGAAAAGAAGGGCACAUAUUCGGUCCGUCAUGUAUGGAUGAUGAUGGGAACGUUUCCAAUUUUGCAGAAACAGAAGUGAUGGUAUACACAGGAGAAUAUCUUGUGAGUUUUAUAAUACUUAAAGGUAAUGUUCCCUUGUUUUGGAAAUUAGAUAGCCAUUUGAUAUCUACUAAAAUUGAAUUCCCAAGAUCUUUAGAUGGCACGAAACAUGCAUUCAACCGAUUUUUUGAAACUCUGUGCUUGGAGUAUAAUAUGAUAUAUGUAUUAGAUGCGUUGAGCACAAAGGGAAGCCAGCCUGAGUUGAGUAGUCGAUUUAUGUCUGCGAUUACUGAAUUACAACAUGAGCGUAAAGAUCUCUUGGUGACCUACAAGAAGUUGGAGCAUAUAGGAUCAUUAAGCAGUCGUUUGAAAGGAAAGAAUGAAUACCUCGGUCUACUAUUGCAGGAUACUCAUAUACACGAAGCACUGGAUGACUAUUCGGCUUUCAGGUUUUCACUUUUAGAUUGGAAUGUUACUGACACACAAUCGGGUGUGUUUCUUAUCAGCACACUAGACUCUAAUGAACGUUCUAAUGUAAUUGAAUGUAAAAUCAGUGAAAUGAUUCUAGAAAAAAUGUUCGGUUCAGGUUUCAAUGCAGAAAUACUACUGAAACACAAUGCAUUAUGGGAAGCCAAUGGUAAUGCAUUGCGAAAACUAUCAGAUUCUUAUAACAAUUCUAUCAAGACCAAAAAUAAAACUGGUGGAAUCAUGGGCAAAAUGGCAGAACAAGGUCUCAAAUACGCUGGUCAUGGCAAGAAAUACGUUUCAAAUGCAGGAAACUCACAUUUGAGUUCAAGCAGCGGUAAUAAAAUGGGCAAGCAGGAUCAAUUUGAUAAGUUAUUAGGUAGGAAAAGCAAAGAAAUACAAGUUGAGCUAAUAGACCCUAUCCACGAUUACGUCCUGCAUGGAUUGGCUGAACGAAGGAAGGAAUUCACCUCGUUUAAAGAUUUACGAAUCUAUGCUCUUACAUAUAAUAUAAACGGGGUGCUCUAUAAUGGUGACCUCACCGAUCUGGUAUUUCCAGAGAAAGAAACAUAUGAUGAGUACGAUUUGAUUGCCAUUGCUUUGGAAGAAGUAAUUGAGCUAUCACCUAAGAAAACACUAACCAUUGACAUGAGAACCCGGACAUUUUGGGAGAAAAGAUUCAAGGAAACAUUGAAUUCUCAAAAAAAUGGUAAAGAUUAUACACUACUCAGGGGUGAGCAAUUAGGUGGUGUGCUUCUGUUAAUAUAUGCGAGUACCAGCACUAUAGAUAACAUUAAAAAUGUCGAAACCAGUGUUAAAAAAACAGGCUUUAAAGGAAUUAGUGCCAAUAAAGGUGGUGUUGCCAUUACAUUUACGUUUUCCACACACUCAAGACUUUGCUUUGUAGCUUCACACUUGGCUGCAGGGCAAAGCAAUAGUAAAGAAAGGCACCAUGAUUACAAAACCCUUGCAAAUGGACUAACUUUUAAAAAAUGCAGGAGCAUUCGGGAUGCAGAUAUAUUGAUUUGGAUGGGCGAUCUAAAUUACCGAGUCAGUUUACCAAAUAGCACAGUAAGAAAGCUAUUGGGUUACCAGGCACCAUCUUUCCCGAUGAAGAACAGAAGUAGUGAAAGUAUUUCUAGCUAUGAAUCGUACUAUUCAAGUUUGGAGGAAGAGGAGGACGAUAAAGAGGAAGAAGAUGAGAGCUUCAUAGGAGAUAUAACUGCAGGUCUUCUGGGCCAUGAUAAGUUGGUCCAGAGUGAAGAAACAAAAAUGGAAGCUGAAAAUGAAGCUAGAUUAAAAGAUGAAAUAUUUGAACGUGAGAGAGACGCAAAUAUGAUUAACAAGGAACUUGAAAACAAUUCGAGUUCAGGCUGCCAUAUCAUUGUUGAUAAUUCAGAAAAUUCGAGUCUACACAAUUCUACUAGCAAUACAAUCAAAGAGUCUGAUACUUCACAAGUACAUGAUGUCUCAACUAUAGACAACAAUGGGAUACUGAGACCGCCAGCAAGAUUACCGGUGGCAUUCAGCAGAAGUGAAGAAAAAGUUAAUAUGUUGACUCCACAGCUUACAGUUACAGAGGCGAAUGAAGAAGAGGAAGGAAAAGAAGGGAAAGCAAUUACGCAGUUGUUGGAAUUCGAUCAGCUAAAUUUUCAAAUGGCUAAUGGACAGUCUUUCCCAUUUUUUGACGAAAUGGAAAUCAAAUUUAAACCAACUUACAAAUACGAUAAAGGGACGGACACAUUUGAUUCUUCCGAAAAACAGCGUGUUCCUUCAUGGACAGAUAGAAUCUUAUCAUUUACAAAAAACAAACGAGUGACCACUCUAGAGCAACUAAGAUACAAUAGUAUACCCCAAUAUGUAUUCAGUGACCAUAAACCUGUCUAUGCUAUCUUUAGUACUCGCCUAGAGAUUGUUGAUGAGGUAAUUAAAUCCAAGGUUGAAAAAGAAUUAUAUGAUAUUACAAAGCAGAAAUUCUAUGCCAAUGAUAAAAAUGGCAGUGUUUUAUCACCAUCUUUCAUAAAUUCGUUGUAUGCAGAGUCUAAGUACUCAACGACCAAGCAGGGAUUGCCACCGCCAUCAACUAAAGCAUUAAGAUGGUGGAUUAAUAACAGCGACAGUUCCAAUACAGCUAAAGUUAAAAUCAACUUCUCCGAACUUGAUAGUGGUGAAUAUCUGAUAAAUCCAAACUUACCUAAAAACCCCUUCUUAAUUACAGAUGAAGAGUGGUUUAUAAAGGCAGACUAG